AUGGCGGCGCUGGCCGGUUCCCCCGCCGCCGCCCUCCCGCCCUUGCCCAACGCCGCCGCCAGCCCGGCCCCGGCGGCGGCCGGCCCGCCCGGCUACCGGCCCUUCGAGCCCGAGGCGCUGGGCCUCAGCCCGGGCUGGAGGCUCACCGGCUUCGGCGAGCUGCGGGGCUGAGGCUGCAAAGUCCCUCAGGAGACGCUGCUCAGGCUCCUGGAGGGACUCACCGGGCCCCGCGCCGUCCUGGCCGGGGAGGGAGACCCGGAGGCCGCCGCCGGGCCCCCAGCGCCCACCCUCGGCAUUGGAAUGGACUCCUGUGUUAUCCCCUUGAGGCAUGGGGGUCUUUCACUCAUACAGACCACAGACUUCUUUUAUCCACUGGUGGAGGAUCCCUAUAUGAUGGGCCGCAUUGCCUGUGCCAACGUGCUGAGCGACCUCUACGCCAUGGGCAUCACAGAGUGCGACAAUAUGCUUAUGUUGCUGAGCGUGAGCCAGAAAAUGACUGAGGAGGAGCGAGACAAAAUCAUGCCGCUGAUAAUCAAAGGCUUCCGAGCUGCAGCAGAAGAUGGGGGCACCUCAGUGACUGGUGGACAGACAGUCUUGAAUCCUUGGAUCAUUGUUGGAGGAGUCGCAACCGUGGUGUGUCAACCCAAUGAGUUCAUUGUGCCAGACAGUGCGAUUCCAGGGGAUGUCCUUGUCCUGACCAAGCCUCUGGGGACGCAGAUGGCUGUGACUGCUCACCAGUGGCUGGAUAAUCCAGAGAAGUGGAAUAAGAUUAAGCUGGUGGUCUCCAAAGAAGAUGUGGAACUAGCCUAUCAGGAAGCCAUGUUCAGUAUGGCCAUGCUGAACAGAACAGCAGCCAGUUUGAUGCACACUUUCAACGCUCAUGCCGCUACGGACAUUACAGGCUUCGGGAUUCUGGGCCACGCGCAAAACUUGGCCAAGCAGCAGCGCAGCGACGUCUCCUUCGUCAUCCACAACCUGCCCAUCAUCGCAAAGAUGGCAGGUGUCAGCAAGGCCAGCGGCGCACGGUCUAGGCUCCUGCAGGGGACAGCCCCAGAGACGUCCGGGGGGCUGCUGAUCUGUCUCCCCCGGGAGCAGGCCGCCCGCUUCUGUGCGGAGAUCAAAUCCCCCAAAUACGGAGAGGGGCACCAGGCAUGGAUCAUCGGCAUCGUGGAGAAAGGCAACCAGACGGCCCGCAUCAUCGACAAGCCCCGCAUCAUCGAGGUGACUCCCCGGGGGGCCACCGCCUCCCCUCAGGAUAACAAUUCCAACGCCAGCCCUGAAGCCGCUUCCUGAAGUGGGAAGAAUGUUUUCUUCCUACCCGCUGUUGGCUCGAAGCUGAUAA